AUGGACCCUCAGAUCACCCCAAAUACAUUCUGCACCUAUACAGGAUCACCGUCUUCAGCAGAAACAUCAAUCUUCUUCAUAUCAGGUAAUCCAGGUCUAAUCGGCUACUACCACCCUUUCCUCUCACUCCUAGCGCAAAACCUGGGGGAAACUUCGAACCAGAGCAAACCCGCCUAUCAAAUCUACGGGUGCAGCCUUGGAGGCUUUGAAGUUGAUGAAAAUCUCUCUUCCAAUGAUCUCAACUCGCAAAACAAAUCUAGAAGAGGGGACUCUAAGCUCUAUGACCUGGAAGACCAGGUCUGCUUCGUUCAUCAGCGCCUUGACAUCGUCAUGAACGGGUUUGCUUCCAACGCGCCGCGAAACCGGAAAGUAAUCCUGAUCGGACAUUCUGUGGGCGCUUAUAUAGCCAUGGAAGUCAUUAGACGACACCGCGAAAGCAAUAGUUCUUUCGAUAUCGUCGGAGGCGUUAUGCUGUUUCCGACUGUGAUGGAUAUUGCUGCUUCGCCGUCUGGUCAGAAACUGACAGGUCUUUUGUCGAUUAUCCCGAGGCUGGCUUUGGUUGUUGGGUUCUUUGCGAGGUUGCUUACUUUUACUCUGCCAAUGGUUGCUUUGAGGUCUGUUGUGAGGGUUGUGAUGAACGAUCCUCCGGAGCAUGCCUUGGAUACGACGUGUACCUUUUUGAGGAGUCGUGGAGGCGUUAGGCAGGCUUUGCACAUGGCUGCUGAUGAGAUGCGGACCAUCACGUCUGAUAAAUGGGCUGAUGACGUAUGGGGUGUUGCUCAUGCGCGCGAGCCUAUCACGAAGAUGUUCUUCUAUUUUGGUGUGAAUGAUCACUGGGUUGCGGAGAAGACGAGGGACGAUAUCAUUGCGGCUCGAGGGGAGAAAGAGGGCUCUGGGCCGAGGAUGUUUGUUUGUGAAGAGGGUUUGCCUCAUGCCUUCUGUUUAAGUGAGUUCGAGUCUACGCCUACGGAGUUCAAGUCUGGGUGCUAA